UCCACCUUCAAUUUUCUUUUAAUCCUCAUGGAACUAACCAAACUUCUCUGUCUUUUCAUCUUCUUUACUAUAGAAGCUCUGCUUAUUCUUCUACAAGCAGAGCUCAACAUGUUUCAUCUUGUGAUCCUUUCAUGUUACAUUUUCCUCUUAAUCUUGAAAUCAAGACCUUCACCAAUAUACCUUGUAGACUAUUCAUGUCUAAAGCCACCAAGUAUCUGUCAAAUUCCUCACUCAACUUUCAUCGAACAUACCCGAAAUUUCAUGGAUAAACAGAGCAUAACUUUCAUGACUAAAAUCUUGAAUCAAUCAGGACAAAGUGAUGAAACAUAUAUACCUCCUGCACUUCAUUACAUUCCACCAAAAUCAGACUAUCAAGAAGUUAUUAGUGAAGUGCACAUGGUGCUUUUCCCUGUAUUUGAAGACCUUUUGGCUAAAACCAAGCUCACCCCACGUGAUAUCGAUGUUUUAAUUGUCAAUUGCAGUGGAUUUUGCCCUGCCCCAUCCCUUUCUUCCAUCAUUGUAAACAAAUUCGGCAUGAGAGAAGACAUUAAAAGUUACACAAUUAGUGGCAUGGGUUGCAGUGCUAGCGCGUUAGCUAUUGACAUAACUCAAAACAUAUUUAAAUCUCAUAAGGACUCAAUAGCUGUUGUCCUUAGCACAGAGAUUUUAUCUACAGGUUGGUAUCCUGGAAAAGAACCAUCAAUGCUCGUUAUUAAUUGCUUAUUCCGAAUGGGUGCUGCUGGGAUUUUAAUUUCAAAUAAAAAAGAAUCGAAAAACAGAGCAAAAUACGAGCUUGUUAAAACUCUAAGAACUCAGAGAGCUUAUGAUGACAAGGGGUAUUUUUCUGCGUAUCGCGAAGAGGAUACAGAUGGAUAUACUGGAGUUACACUAAAGAGAAACUUAUUGGAAACAGCAGGAGAAACACUUAGGUCUAAUAUAACAAUUCUUGGUUCACAAAUUUUGCCUUUUACUGAGAAAAUUUUGUAUGGGGUUUCAAUCUUGAAAAAGAAAAUGGUAGACAAAAAAUCAAGUGUAGAUAUUUAUGUGCCUAAUUUUAAGUCUGUUAUAAAUCAUUUUUGUUUACCAACUUCAGGAAGGGCAGUGAUAAAUGAGAUAGGAAAAGGGUUGAAUCUUGGUGAGAGUGAUAUGGAAGCUGCUUUGAUGACAUUGCAUAGAUUUGGGAAUCAAUCUUCUUCUUCUUUGUGGUAUGAAUUGGCAUAUUUGGAGGCUAAAGAAAGGGUGAAAAAAGGUGUCAAAGCUUGGAUGCUUGGGAUGGGAAGUGGUCCUAAGUGUAUUAGUAUAAUUUGGGAAUGUAUUAGGCCCAUUUGUGGGGAAGCCCAAAGAGGUCCAUGGGCUGAUAGUAUUGAUGGAUAUCCCUUAGGAUGAAUACGUACCAUCCUAAACAAUUCGGUCAACUAGUUUACGAAAUAUAUGCA